ACUCUCUGUCCCCCGUCUGCUCCAUUUGCUCUGCGCGCUCCCCUCCCCUCCCCACCCCACCCACUCCCCCAUUCCGUCGGCGCAGCAGGCAGGCGAGCGGAGCUCACUCCCCCCUCCCACCCUCGCCGGUUUCCUCCCAAGAAGAGAAGAUGUCCGCCGUCCCCUCCAGGAGCUGAUUCAAGGUGUAGGUUGUACUAUGUGAGAAGGACAGCUGUGCACAUCAAGACUCAAAUUAGCUUCGCUUGAUUACACUUCAGCUGGCUGAAUAAUAAUAUAUACUUGAUUUUGGUGGUUCAAAAACAUGGGUUCUAGAUUUCCAUCACAUCAGCUGAGCAGUGGCCUUUAUGUUUCUGGCCGACCUGAGCAACCUAAGGAGAAGGCCCCGACCUUUGGAUCCAAUGUGAUGCCAUAUACUGGUGGUGACACCAAGAAAUCUGGAGAGCUUGGGAAGAUGUUUGAGCUCCAUGCUGAAAGAUCCAGAAAAUCUGGUCCUCUAGGCAGUGCGCCUUCGAGAAAUCCUUCAUUUGGUGGUGCUGCCUCCAACUCUGGACCUGUGUCUAAUGCUGGCGGUCGGUCAAACUACUCUGGUUCUCUUUCAUCUUCAGUUCCUGGCGCCGGAGGAUCAGCAAGAGCAAAAUCUAACUCCGGACCACUCAAUAAGCAUGGAGAACCAGUAAAGCGGUCAUCUGGUCCCCAGUCUGGAGGUGUGACCCCAAUGGCUCGCCAGAAUUCUGGCCCUCUCCCUCCAAUGCUUCCUACGACUGGGCUUAUCACAUCUGGCCCUGUAACUUCUGGACCACUGAAUUCGUCUGGUGCCCCAAGAAGGAAAGUAUCUGGAUCUCUUGAUCCUGCUGCAUCGAUGAAGGCGCGGGCCACAUCGCUUGCUCACAACCAGGCUGUUACUACACUCACCAGUGAAGGUGGUUUCUCAGUUAUGGGAAGCAUUUCAAAGUGGGUAUUCUGGCUAGUGAUCACACUCUUGCUGUUCGGGUUUGCAGUAGGUCUCUUCAUUCUUAUUGCUGUUCACAAUGCGAUUGUGCUGAUAGUUGUUGUUGCAAUGAUUGGUUCUGUUGCUGCACUUGUGUCUUGGAAUGUUUGGCGGGGCAGGAGAGGCGUGCUCAGGUUUGUCAAUAGCUGUCCUGAUACUGAUCUCAGAACUGCAAAGGAUGGAGAGUACGUGAAGGUUACAGGGGUUGUUACGUGUGGAAAUUUCCCCCUGGAGUCCUCAUUUCAAAGGAUUCCGAGAUGUGUGUACACUUCAACUAGGUUGUAUGAGUAUAGGGGCUGGGAUUCAAAAACUGCAAACCCCAAGCAUCGCCGGUUUACCUGGGGAUUACGGACAGCAGAGCGACAUGCGGUUGAUUUCUACAUCUCAGAUUUCCAGUCUGGGCUUCGAGCAUUGGUGAGAACAGGAAGUGGGGCACGGGUGACACCAUAUGUCGAUGAAUCGGUAGUAAUUGACGUCAAUCCUGAGAACAAGGACAUGUCUCCUGAAUUUCUUAGAUGGCUACGAGAAAGGAACCUCUCAAGUGAUGGUCGGAAAAUGCGCCUAAAAGAAGGAUACAUCAAGGAAGGCAGCACUGUGAGCGUGAUGGGGGUCGUUCAAAAGAAUGAGAGCGUGUUGAUGAUAGUACCUCCAUCAGAGCCCAUCUCAUCUGGUUGCCAGUGGGGGAGUUGUUUCUUCCCAGCGAACCUUGAAGGACUGGUCGUGAGAUGCGAAGAUACUUCAGACAUGGAUGUCAUACCAGUAUAGCAAGCUGAUGAUUGCCGUGGUGUGGAAUAGCUGCUGUUGAAGAGGGAAUGUUGGCCUGUUGAAUCUUUUGACCUCGGGUUGGGUUUGAUUGGUAGAGUAUUAGAACUGAGAAAAAAUGUACAAAUGUUAGGUGUGAUUAAGGCUAGUAAAGAUGGGAGUAUGGCUGCUGGUUAAUCUGUGUUUGGCUGUAUAGUCCUUUUUCAAUGUGUUUUGUCCUCCUUUGCUCCUGUUUUUUCGGUUAUGAGCUCUCAAUACUUGUGUAAUAUGAUUGCUUUUGGGCUGUUUGAAGACAUGUUGAAUCGGGUUUAUGUGUUAUUUAGGAUGAUCUUCUUGCACUGCUGUUAAAGCCUAAAUAUAUUGUUGCUGUUACAUUUAUGUA